CGGCAACAUUCCCCGGCACAGUUGCUCACUCUGCCCAGUUCGAUCGGCAACGGGAGCGGAAAGAGGAAAGCAGAGAGCCCGAAGGCAGUUGCCCCUACCACCGCCGGCCCAGGUUACCAUCUAGCACCGGGAAACAUAGCAGAGAGCCGCCGCCGGCAGAAGUCGUUACCAACCAGUAGUAACCAUGAGCAGCGAGGCCGAGACACAACAACCGCCCGAUGCCCCUGCCGAUGAGGAGAGCCCAUCCAGCCCGGCAGCCGCAGCUUCCGCGGCGGAUAAGAAGGUCAUCGCAACAAAGGUCCUGGGUACAGUCAAGUGGUUCAACGUCAGGAAUGGAUAUGGGUUUAUCAAUCGGAAUGAUACAAAGGAGGACGUUUUUGUACACCAGACAGCCAUCAAGAAGAACAACCCGAGGAAAUACCUUCGCAGUGUUGGAGAUGGGGAAACUGUGGAGUUUGAUGUAGUUGAGGGAGAGAAGGGAGCAGAGGCGGCAAAUGUAACUGGGCCAGGAGGCAUCGCAGUCCAGGGAAGUAAAUACGCUGCCGACAGGAACCGCUAUAGGCGCUAUCCCCGAAGAAGGGGCCCUCCUCGUGCCGGAGAAUAUCCAGACAACUACCAGAGUGACGGAGAGGGUGAGCCAAGCAGCGGAGGUCGUGACAAAGGCAGCCGAGAUGGGGGUGAGAGCGCCCCUGAAGGAGAUGUGCAGCAGCAACCACAGCAGCAGCAGCGCAGACCCGCUUACCCUGGCAGACGGCGCUACCCACCAUACUUUGGAGGAGAGGGCGACGAGGGCCAAGGAGGUCCGGACCAGGGCAACAAACCAGCGAGGCAGAGCUACUACAGAGGCUUCCGACCAAGGGGUCCACCCCGUCCCAGACCAGUGCGCGAUGGCGAGGAGGACAAGGAGAAUCAGGUCGCUGAAGACGGCCAGAACCAACAGCCCCGCCAGCGGCGCUACCGCCGUAACUUCAACUACCGUCGCAGACGUCCACAGUCUGAUGGCAAACCCGGCCAGGAGACCAAGGAGGCCAAGACAGGAGGUGACCCACCUGCAGAGAAAACGUCCGCUCCCGAGGCCCAGCAGGGUGGGGCUGAGUAGGAAAAUAACCUGCCCACCGGCACCUACCAUCUUUUACCAUCGUCCGGUUUUUUUGUCAACAAGAUGAAACAUCAAACAAGAUCUGAGCAAUAAAGAUUUGACUUGACGAUCGUCACAAGCUUGCACCAUGCAUUUGACCAGAUUACCACCAAUUGCCUGCAGAAUCUAUGCAGACUUGUUUUUUUUCCCAUUAUUUUUAUGUGACAGCUAAACGUUUUUGGGGAAACAGCAAAUGUUUUUCUAAAUCUGUCCUAAGUUUUUACACCAAAUGGUUUUUAAAGAAAUGGAAUUUGAUAAAUGGUCAGUUUGACAUUUUUAAAUAACUUUUUAUGUAAUCAAACAUUUUAACAAAAUGCAAGCUCAAAUAAAAGUCCAGAAACCAGGAA